CGAGCAGAGAGUGGUUUUUCGGGUUCAUCCGACUUCUGUCGGCCGCUCCGAGUUUACUGUAUUGUAAAAAAAAAAAAAAAAAAAAAAAAAAAAGCUGCUGCUGCUGUGUGAAUCCGUAGAGGAGGCGGAGGAAGGGGGGUCCGAGUAGCCAAAUUUCUCCCCUGAUAGUGGACACAUCCGGAGUCCCCACGAUCGUAAUUUAAAAGCACGCUGUGUCUUUUAGGAACGCAAGAGUUUUAGAUGUAUAUAUUUUUAAAUUAAUUUAUGUCGUUUCGCUUAGUUUAUGCUUUACGUUAACACGCUGGGAGGGCAGAAAUGGCGGCCAACAUGUACCGGGUCGGAGAUUAUGUCUUCUUUGAAAACUCCUCCAGUAACCCUUACCUGAUCCGUCGGAUAGAAGAACUCAACAAGACCGCCAGCGGGAAUGUCGAGGCCAAGGUGGUUUGUUUUUACAGAAGGAGAGACAUCUCGCACAGCCUCAUCCAGCUCGCAGAUAAACAUGCAAAGGAGCUGGAAGAAGAGAAGGAGAGCCCAACAGAGGCAGACCUCACAGACAAACAGAAACACCAGCUUCGCCACAGAGAGCUCUUCCUCUCCCGACAGUACGAGAGUCUACCUGCGACACACAUCAGGGGGAAGUGCAGCGUCGCAUUAUUGAACGAGACUGAAGCCGUUCUUUCAUACCUUGACAAAGAGGACACUUUCUUCUACUCGCUGGUGUACGACCCGACCCAGAAGACCCUGCUGGCCGACAAGGGAGAGAUCAGAGUUGGGCCGCGAUUUCAGGCAGACGUACCCGAAAUGCUGCAAGAGGGAGAGCCAGAUGACCGGGACCAGUCCAAACUAGAAGAGAAGCUCUGGGAUCCAGAGUGUCCUCUGACCGACAAACAGAUCGAUCAGUUCUUAGUGGUGGCGCGGGCGGUCGGCACCUUCGCCCGAGCGCUGGACUGCAGCAGCUCGGUCCGACAGCCAAGUCUGCACAUGAGCGCGGCUGCAGCCUCUCGAGACAUCACACUGUUCCACGCCAUGGACACGCUGCAUCGCCACAAUUACGACCUGUCCAGCGCCCUGAGCGUGCUGGUGCCGGCCGGCGGCCCCGUGCUCUGCAGGGACGAGAUGGAGGAGUGGAGCGCCUCGGAAGCGGCCAUGUUUGAAGAGGCACUGGAGAAAUAUGGGAAAGACUUCAACGACAUCCGACAAGACUUUCUGCCAUGGAAGUCCCUGACCAGCAUCAUAGAGUACUACUACAUGUGGAAGACCACAGACAGAUACGUGCAACAGAAGAGACUGAAGGCAGCUGAGGCAGAAAGCAAGCUGAAGCAGGUUUAUAUCCCCACAUACAACAAACCCAACCCAAACCAGAUCUCAAUGACCAACGGCAAGAUGGCGACCGUGAACGGGGCGGGGCCCGGGGCCUUCCACGCGGCGGGAGGCGGCAGAGCCUGCGAGAGCUGCUACACCAUGCAGUCGGCCCAGUGGUACUCGUGGGGACCUCCCAACAUGCAGUGCCGCCUGUGCGUCUCCUGCUGGAUGUACUGGAAGAAGUACGGCGGUCUGAAGAUGCCGAGCAGAGCCGAGGCCCCAGAGGAGAGGACCUCCCCGAGUCCUGCGAUCAAUGAGCCCCGCUCCAGGAGUCACGUUCCCCGCCAGUCCAACCACAUGGUACCGAUGAGGAACAGCGGCAGCCCCAAGUCCUCCAUGAAGACCAAGCAGGCCUUCCUGCUGCAGGCCACCCGCCUCACCAAACUGGCCCGGCACAUGUGCCGGGACAUCAUCAGGCUGCGCCGUGCCGCGCGCCGGCCCUUUGUCCCCAUUAACUGCGGGGCCAUAAAGGCAGAGUAUAUGUUAAGGGUGUCGGAAGGGCAGGGGACCCGGCUACCCAAAACCAGAGCGGCCCAACGGAGCACGCUGACCAGUGUCCUGCAGUUUCUAGAGUCUCGUCCCAUGGCUCACGCCCCUCGCUCCCACCGCACCGCCGGCCUGCAGACGCCUCCCCCUCGCCGCCUCCUCUCCUCUCUCCCCCACGGCCCCCACGGCAUGCUGGGGAAGCGCAGCUACCACCACCACAGCGCUGCUGCUGAGUCGGAGAGGCGCUCAGAGAACCCUGGAUCAGCAGGAGGACCUCUCUUGCACAACGGCCGCAGCAGCAGCAGCGGAAACACCAGAGGAGGAGUCAUGAUCCGCAAGAGACGCCCCAACUGGAUCGACGCCCCCGACGACAGCUUCUUCCUCGUCACCCGGGAGACCAGGAGGGCCCGGCGGCUGCUGUCCCGCUCCCAGUUGAGGCACGCCUGUCGACAGCCCUGUGAGCAAAUCACCCUGCGCAGGGCCUCCCACGCCCCCCCGCAGGGGCUGGUUCUGGCCCCUCCACACCCCCACCCCAGCUUAAGGAUGCGGGGACCCAUCGUCAUCCACGACUGAUCAAUCAAACUCGGACUCUCUGACCUCCACACUGCACCUCCAUACCAGUUCUUUAGAUACAUGCUCAGUUCUUUGGAAACUAUAAACACCGUUACAAGCCCUCACGAUGAUUAAACACGCUGUUUGGCAACAGAAGGAUGCGUUUAUGAGCCUUGAUGCAAUACAAACACAAACCUGACUGCAAACUGCUUCCUGUCUUUGACCCCAUUUAGGAGUUUAUUCCUAUCUGUUUAUACAAGUGCGUCUCAAUAAAUGUGAAUGUUUUACGAUAUUUAAAUUAAAAAAGUAAAUAUCUUUUUAUAGAUUCUUUACACACACGGUGAUAUAUUUAAACCAUCUGUUUCUGUCCAUUUCUGGAUUGUAGAUAAUGGCUGCCAACCUUUUUCCCUCCACUCAACUUUUAGGUAAUAUUCCUGCCUACAACACUGAACACCUGUUAAUUUUGUUGAUUUGGGCAAAAUGUUCAUUUUCUCAUCAAAUGUAAAUUUUGCAAAGAAAAAUUAUUUUUAAUGCAUAAAUGUUAUAUGGCUUACACAUUCAUGUGAAAGACUGGGGACGUGGUAGUUGUCCAGCAGACAGUCACUGAAACCCUCUGAAGCUGAUUGCUCGUCCAAGCAUAUUAAUGGAAAAUUGAGUGGAAGGAAAAACGUAAGUAACUAAAAGUCAUAGUCACUAAAAAUUAACAGAAAAAAAUCUAUUGGAAUGUGUCUGUGUGUAAUUAAUCUAUAUAAUCUGACUUUUCGAUGACCUUUUUUGUGAUAUUCUGAUUUGUUGAGAUGCACCUGUGUGCUGUAUAUGAGUGCAUGUGAGUGUGUGACUGAGAGCGUGUUUAUCCCAGUAACAUAAGGGGAUCUGUGUGCUGUUCCUAUUUUUAAUGGCUGGACAUAACGACAUGACUUUGUGCGAUUAUUUUUGUUUUCAUGGUGAAUUCUUGUGAAGUUUCAUCAGCUUGUAUAAUGUUAUUUGGGGAGGGGGUGGGGGGGGGGAUAAACAUGGGGUUGGAAAGGGAUUUUUCAAGGGUUGUCCUCACGAGGAGUCUUUUAAAAAGAGGCCGAUGUUCAGAGCUGACAUAAAGAAAAGAAAAAAACUGCAUCAUGCUGAGUUUGAAACAGCUUUUUAAGAACCGACUGCUUUAAAUUGGGUUUUUUCGUUUUUCUUGCUCACCUUGAAGUCUAAACAAACAGGGGGCAGUGUCAGAGAGCGAUAGAAGUAAAUUCAGUAAAACAAAAAGCAUUGUUUGGUUCAGCCUCUCACAGAAACCAGUGUAUAAUAAAUUGUAUAUCUCAUUGCAAAACUGUAAAUUCUUCUCAUCCGAUUUCUAUGGGUGGCUAUCCCUAACAUGAGUACUGAAGGACCUCAUUUGCAUCAAAAAAAGGGCAUGGACAUGUCAUACCUACCCUCAAGGCCACCUUUGCAGUGCCCUGCAAAAGUAAUCACACCCCUUGAACCUCCUCUCACUUUGUCAUGUUAAAAUCACAAACUUCAAUGUACUUCAUUUGGAUUUCCCUGUGAUAGAAAUUUCUCCCACCUGAGCUUCGGAUCACCGCAGCUCCUCCAGAUUUACCAUGGAUAACUUGGCUGCUUUCUCUGAUCUGAUCAAAGCUCUCCUUGCGGGAUUUUGUCACUUUAAUUUUGUCUGAAGCCAAUCGGUUUCACAGGAUUUUAUUUAGGGGAUCAGAUUUGAAAGGGGCUGAAUUAAUUUGCACGCCACACUUUUCAGAUUUUUAUUUUCCAUUUGGCACCAUUUAAUGCUGGCCUAUCACAUAAAACCCCAUUAAAAAUACAUGUCGUUGACAACAGACGAAUGGGUUCAAGACGUGUAAAUACUUUUGCAGGACACUGUACCUGCAACUUUAAGUGGCAAAAAAAAAAAACAACAUUUGCAGGUUUAUGAAGAGUUUUUCUCUGCUCUGCUUUUUGUUUCCUACGAGCAAACAGUCAGGUUUUACUCUGUUGCAGCGUUGCCUCCUGAAGUUGUCGGUCACCCCGUCCGGCCUUCAGGUGUGUCUAUUCUGAGUUUUGAAAACUGGCAUGUCUUCGACCGACAGGUCACAUGAUUUCCUCUCCUUCAUUCAGAAUGUUUCUGUUAGUGUUUUCCUGUCUGUCAUGUGUUGAAUUACGAAUAUGAUGAGAAUAAUAAAAAGGAAGAAAAAAACAAAAACAACCCACGA